UGAAAUGCCCUUCACCUCUUAAAAACAGAGACUUUGUUACACAGCGUUCCUGGCUUGAUCUUGGGUCAGAGUUUUGUAUCCUCAACCAUUCUGUAAACCAUGCAAGUAUUCCUGCCAGGAAGGGAUUUAUUAGAGGUAUCUCCUAUAUUACUGGCUAUCUGAUAAGAAAGCAGGACACGUACACCUGCCAGUUUAACUAUGUUUCACACUCGGAUCCUAAAGGAAAACUGCCAGUAUGGGCGGUCAACAAGGCUACCCAGAUCCUUGCUCCUAAGGUAAUAAGUAGGAUUUACAAAGCAUGUAAGAACUAUGAGGCAUGGAAAAGCAUGAACAAUCCAUGCAUGAAACCCUGGCUGUAUCCUGAGCAAAUGACCCUGCCAAGACUUGACAUGACCCAGAUCAAAUCUGCUUCUGAAAUAACCUCAACAGAGUCUAUAGACGAAAGUUUUAUAAAUGAGGAUGAGAUAAACGAGGAUGAUGUAUGAGGAUUGUGGAUUGUUAGAUCAGUCUAUUUAUUGUUAACCAAGCUGUAUAUAUAGCGAGCUCUCAAACUUAAAGUGAGGUCAUCAUAGUAACAUAAGGUCAUCAGGGUUCACACAAUAUCACGUAGAGAGUGGUAGCGAGUAUGUUGUUUUAUUUAGUCAAUUCUCAUAGAAUAUUAGUUUGUAAUUUUUGUAAAACUUUGUUUUAAAAUCAAGACCUGCUGUUAAAAUUUCAG